GCUAAAAGUGUAAUUGUAUUUUUUGCUAGUGGUUUGCUAUUAGUUGAUCCAAGUGACAAAGAAGAAAGCAUUAUGGAUGGUCACAUGAUGAUGGCAAUGAACAUUCACAGGGAGAUCUGUGGUGCUGUCAUGGGUGGGGGAGUAUCUCUUGAAACUGAACAGAUUAUUCGAUGUUCAAAAAUUGCAGUUGUAAAAGUGGAAGAAAUAACACAACUCAUCAAAGAUGCUUUGGAGGAAGAUGAACAAGAGAGAAUGAUUGGUAAAGUUGGGGUCUUUGAGUCAGCCAAGAACCAUAUUACGACAAUGAUAACGGAGUCAACAGAGAUGGACUUAACAGAUGCUUUACAGAAUGCCUCAGAGCAAAGCAAGAAGGCAUGUAGGUCAUUAGGUGAACAAAAACCUAGUAGUAACUGGCAUUCAGAGCUGAAGGUUCCUGGUCCUGGUACUGCUCAGAUUGGACACGGAGGAGAAAACACAUGGAGCAGCUUACAAGAAGACCUCAUUAUCAUUGAAUCUGAUGAAGAAAAAGCAGCAGUUUCAAAGUCACCUAUGUUUGAGACAAAAACCCAAGUUGUUUCUGACGAGGACAGUGAGGAGGAAGAUGUUGUAAUUCUGACUUCUGAGAAAGUUUCCACUAAAAGUCCUACCCUCGAAACUCCACUUGUGACUGACCCAAACACUGUGAAAAAUCCCAAUGAAAAGCAAACAGCAAUUUCAUCAGCAACAAAGAAAAAUAAAAAGAGGAAGAAGAAAAGAACCUAAUAAUCUGCACAAUAGGUUAUGUAGCUUUCAUCAAUCAUUUAUUACAAUUAUUGUAAUAAAGGAUUGAUGAAAACUACAUAAAUUACUAUUAACCUAUUGUGCAGAUAGAGGAUUUGAUCCUGGAUAAUGGCAUUUUUACACCAGUGUCACAAGUGAUGAACCCCUCUCAAUCGUUCUGAUCACCCUGGUCAGUCGUGUGGGAUAUCGUUGUUGGGCCUUGAACCUCCACUACACAAGAGUAAUCUUACCCUAAGGACUUUUGGUGUGAUCAAAUAAAAAAUAAGCUGUUAAAUAAGAGGACAUAGCAUGAAAAGCUAUUGGAAUUUGUCAUGAGUAUCUGCUGCUAAGAAUGAUCUUCUCUGUGGGACUAUCCAAGAACAUAACUUGCAAAAAAGUGUCUGAAGCAAUUCAUAAAAAUUUUAUUUAAUAACACUACACAGUGCAAAGUUAUACCAUAGUUAAUGGAGUGGAAUGGUUUGGAAACUCCAUAGAACAAAGCUAUUGCUUUGCCUUUGAUGUUGAAUUGUACCAUCACGUGAUACUGACCGUGCAUAAUGGACCAAAGCAAGUAUGGCUGAAAAUGCUCAUUUCCUUAUUAUUUUCAUUUAUGAACAUUUUGAAAGUGAAAACUUCCAUUUGAUGACCACAAACUAUGCAGAUAAAUAUUUUCACGCAGAUACAGUUAAGUUACUAGAUGAUAAAUAAAAAAGCAUUAAAAAGGGCAAUUUCAUUUUCAAUCAACAAUUAAUAUUAAUCAUAUAGAAUUAAUUAACAAACAAUAGAUAAUUUAGAACGAUUUUUAAGGGGAAAAAACUUUUACAUUCCCUAAUACUGUGAGCAAAUGGAGAAACUUUUCCUUCACUGUGCACUGUCAACGUCAUAUAACAAUGGAUAAAAACGAACAAAAACAUAGAACAAUAGGUUUCCUAACCAUUCUGCUCCAUUAACUAUGGUUAUACUCAGCAACUUUAUUCAGUGUAUUUCAUUAGUGAUUUAGUGAUUACGAGAGCUGUUUUCCUCAAGACAGGGAUAUUUGUGAAAUAGAAUUUUAUCAGCAACCUUAGUUAAUAUUUUGCAAUACUAUCAAAAUCUGUAGAAUUCUUAAAGUGCAACUACUUGAUUUAAAUCCCUUCUUUGAGAUAUAAAUAACAAUGAAAGAACCUUCUUGUUGGUUGAUCUAAAAUGAAAAGCUAAUGAGGAUUGCUUUGUUAUCAUCAACCAACAUGGCAGCUAUGAUGUAAACAAGCACUCCUGAGUGAUACGUGGGAUAGAGUCAUUUUCAUAAACCUGUGAAAUAAAUGUUGGUGUAAGUAUUACUAUUGUACUCUAGAAAAUAAGCUUUGUUUCAAGAGUUAACUCAGAACCACUUUAGUAAACCCAACAGGUCUCCUGACACCCAUGAUCAGUGGUGAUACGUGACUGUCAAAGAUUUUCACACCUGUAAAAACUCUUAUCAGUGUUCAAUACUUUACAAGGCUAGAUGAUACCAAUAAUAAAAGGUAAUAACUCAUCA